GUCCGACACGCAGUGAAGGCAGCAUCAGAUCCUGAAGUUUGCAGAUGAAAUAAGUCCAGCUGGGUCAUGCUCUAGUUUUAAGUCAUGGCGAAACAAUACGACGUUUUGUUCAGAUUGCUCCUUCUCGGAGACUCCGGUGUUGGGAAGACAUGCAUGCUGCGCAGGUUCACGGAAGGUGAAUUUGAUCCUUCGCAUAUUUCCACCAUCGGAGUUGAUUUUAAAAUGAAAACAAUAGAGAUUGAUGGACUCAAGGUCCGAAUACAGAUCUGGGACACAGCAGGACAGGAACGCUAUCAGACUAUCACCAAGCAGUACUACAGGCGUGCCCAGGGUAUCGUAUUUGUGUAUGACAUCACAAACCUGCCCUCUUUUCAGCACAUAGCUAAGUGGGCCAGUGAUGUAGAUGAAUUCGCCCCAGAUGAUGUUCAAACCGUCUUGGUGGGAAACAAAGCUGACGAGGAGUUUGACAGACAAGUAACAAAGGACCAAGGAAAAAAGCUAGCAGAAACCUAUGGGAUGGAGUUCUUUGAGACCAGUGCUUCCACCAGCAGCAACAUCAGUGAGUCAUUCAUCCGUGUGACAGAACUGGUGCUUCAAGCUCAAAUGAGGUACGUGGACGACCUGUUGGGGUCUCUGGACAACUAUUUGGAUCGGGUCGCUCUGCGAGAAGAGAAGGGCAGCCAGGAUAAUGAUGCUCAGAGGACUUGUGCCUGUUAAAAAAUGAAGCCUGUCACUAAACCUCAGCUUGCAGCUCUAGCAUAUUGGAUUUUAUUUAACUGUUUCCCAACUCUUUAAAACACACAGACUUGUUACACAGGAAGGUGUUGGAUUACUUUCACCUUUUCAAAUUAAAUGUCUACAGGUGCAGUAAACAGCAACUGCCAACAGAGGGCGGGUUUGGCAGAAUGAUUAGGGAAUCUUGCUGCCAGUUUAAAUUGAUCCACUCAUUAUCUUCUCUUUCUUCAAAUGCUGAUUUCUGCAUCAUUAAUUUACUGAAUUGAGUGACUUUUGGACUUCUUUGUCCUUUUUUUAUUAGUUGAGGAAAACUCAGAGCUAAGUUUACAUCCAUAGUUUUGCACUGUUGUGACAUAGACAGAAGCAAAGAGGUCAGAGAUUUGAAUUAUUAAGAUCUGGAAAUUAAAACCAAGUGAGGCUGUUUCAUUUACUCUAUGGGCUUUCUUCUUAAAGAAACCACUACUGUGCCAUGCAGACAGAUAUUUAUAAAAAUGUUACUAUAAGUACUUAUUCUGAAUACUUUUAGAAGAGCGAAACUAAAAUGAGGUGCUGCUAAACACAAGGUGUUUAAUGUCUCUGAAGGAGACUCAGAUGUGUUAUUUUAAGAAAAAAAUGUUGUUUGUGGCAAAACUUUAAAUAAUAUAUGUUAUCUGUAAAUGUUAAGUUAAAAUAAAUAUCCAUGGCAAUGUUCAUGUCUAAAUAAAACAAAGUGCAGUCUGAACUUUGCUGAUUUUUUUAUUUAUUUUUUUUUCUAUUAGAACUGAAUGUUAGGUGUGCACGGAGUUCAGGCGGUAGCUUCAUGUAUAUGUCAUUAGAUACCGACAGACACAGGUGAAUGUUUAAUUUUUGAUGACUAAGAAAGCUGAUACAUGUACAAAGACAUGACUAAAAGCCAAACAACACUGGUUAUUAAUACUGGCCUCCCAAAACUCAUCCUAAUUAAGAUCAGUACCUUAUCUUGUCAAUCAUAUUCUUUGAAUGUUUUAAACACUUUCUUUACUGCUGCUGUGUUGUAUAACUUGAAACUUCUGUGUAUUCUAAUAGGAUUUUAGAAAGCAGUCAUAAAUUAUGAACUACAAAAAAACCUUGGUAAAUAUACAAAGCUGAUAGAGAGAUAACCCAAAUGACUACAGCCUUCACUGCAAGUAAAUUGGUUCUGCAUAGUGUUGAUUCACAUUGGCUGAAUCCAAAUGCACAUCAACCUUUUCAGGUAUUUUUAAUUGUAAAGUUUUUUUUGAGUACAAUGUGUUCUUUUAUUUCCACUUCUCAAAUAUGCACUACUUGUCUUUCAUCAAUUGGAUUAAAUCUCAAUAGAAUACAUUAAACUUGUGGUUGGAAA